CCCCACGAGCAGUUGCAGAUAGGAUAAAUUUGGGGCUGAUACCAUCGUGUGAACAAUAUUGGCCUACUGCCGCAGAAGUUUUAAAGCCCUCUGGUGGAAAUUUACAUGUUCAUGGAAAUGUCUCAUCGUUUUCUUCUGGUCACAAUGCAUUAUCCGAGUGUGAAGUUUGCAUCAGGUUGUUGCAGUCAUUAUCAGUAGGCCUAGAUACUACUGAACCGUCCGUUUUGAGGGGUUUAGGUGGAUUUGAAGUAGACUCUGUACUCAAAAGGGAUGUUCAAAUCAAAUGGACCAGUAGGGCUAGUGACGAAUCUAAUAUGAAUUGGAAAAAGAUAGAAUGGUUUAUUUGGAGUAUUCAUACUUGCCAUUCUUUUUGUUCUCUUUUGACCAAAGUAACAAACAGCCAUUGGGUAGUCAAACCAACAUCUCUACACCGAGUAAAGGCCUACGCUCCUCACAUUGACCAUCUCGUUUUGGAUAUAAAUUGUCAAAACUCUGUUUUAACUGUGUUGUAACUGUGAAACACUGGCUUCUACCUAAAGAUAAAGCUUCUUCAUUGAGAAAUAGUUUAGGAUAAUUUCAAGGUAUAAAAAUACAACAUGGGAAAAGACUAUUACAAGAUUUUAGAAAUUAAAAAAGGAGCGACAGAUGACGAAAUCAAAAAGGCAUACAGGAAAUUGGCUCUUAAGUACCAUCCGGACAAAAAUAAAACACCUGGCGCUGAAGAAAAGUUCAAGGAGGUGGCAGAAGCCUAUGAAGUGUUGAGUGAUAAGAAGAAGCGCGAUGUCUAUGACCAGUUUGGUGAAGAAGGUUUGAAAGGAAACGUCGGUGGACACACUGGUGGAGGGUCGUCGCCCGGUGGUGGAAACUUUACUUACACCUACCACGGAGACCCGAGGGCAACGUUCGCUCAAUUCUUUGGCACAGCAAGUCCUUUCGGCACCUUCUUCGACCUCGGUGGUCCUAACAACAGGAUGUUCGCCUCCUCCUUUGGCGGUGACGAUGAUAUGGACACAGACAUGGAUCCGUUUGGCCUCUCGGGCAUGGGCAUGGGCACAAGAGGCGGAGCUGGCGGUGCUUUCCGUUCACAUUCCUUCAACAUCCACGGAAACAACGCUAACCGAGGAAAAGACAAAAUACAAGACUCGCCUAUCGAACACGACCUGUACGUUACAUUGGAGGAUAUUGUCAGAGGUUGUACAAAAAAGAUGAAGAUCUCAAGAAGAGUGUUACAACCAGACGGCACUGCCAAAAAAGAAGACAAAGUUUUAACGAUAAACGUCAAACCUGGCUGGAAAGCUGGAACAAAAAUUACCUUCCAAAAAGAGGGUGAUCAGGGAAGAAACAAAAUUCCUGCAGACAUUGUGUUCAUCAUCAGAGACAAACCUCAUCCACUCUUUAAAAGAGAGGGCAGCGACAUUCGUUACACCGCCAAAAUAUCUCUGAAACAGGCCCUUUGUGGAACGAUAGUCGAAGUGCCGACGCUCACCGCAGAGAAGAUCCCAAUCAACCUAACCAACGAGAUUGUGAAGCCAACGACGGUGAAGAGGCUGCAGGGCCAUGGACUACCGUUUCCCAAGGAGCCAAGUCGUAAGGGAGAUCUCCUAGUUGCGUUUGACAUCAAGUUCCCUGAAAACCUGUCGGCCAGCGUCAAGGACAUUCUGUAUGACACAUUACCUAAUUGAAGAUCAAGUGGCGCAAACGAAAAUAUCAUAACUCUCUCCCGAAGAAAUCCGGUUUUGGAAGGUAUUUUGGAUCUGCACUUCCGUAACUGCAAACAGAAACUGCGGAGUGGAUUUGCUAAGUUGUGUUCGGUGUGCGCGAUCUUCUCGGAUGCAGUUAGUGCCACAGUUUAAAGGCCUCUUCAGGCUUGAAGGUCCUGGCCAAAAUUUGUACUUAGAUUUUAAUUUGAUAAAUAGAUUCCUGAAACUGUUUUUAUGAAUUUUCCCUGUAAAUUGUAUGAUAUUUAAGUUCCUAACCCUAUCAUUCUUCUUCUGACAGGAUGCAAGUUAUUUAUGUAACGCUAGAGCGAAAUGAAUUUUAGAAAAAAAAUUAUGUUCUGUGAACAAACCUACUACUUGUAUUUUUAACUCGAUUUGUUUCCAUUUUUUGUGUAAUAGGUUCUUUGUUGAUAAUAAUAUCAGGACCAGCUAGGAUGCUUCGCCUCUUGGUUUUGGUUUGUAACAUGAUAACUGCUAUUUUAUUUUAAUUUUGUACAUAUUGUGUUAAUAAUUUUGUUAAUAUUAGUAUUAAGGUGAUAUGAUUAUUUUAUUAUAAUCUAUUGUUUUCAUUAAGAAUAGCUAUUUGUAAAAUAAACAACUCUUUUUCCUA